AUGGCCCCUGCUGGACCACCACCGCCAACUCGAACACCUAUUCCAUCAGUUACGCAACCAGAAAAGCCUGCCGCAAACUCCAUUUUCGCCAGAAUCCGACUAGCCGUACCAACUGAUGUCCCUUAUAUCCACAAAUUGAUUCAUCAAUUGGCAGUAUCCGAACGUCUAACACACUUAUUUGAGGCAACCGAAGAGAAUCUAAGCACAACCCUUUUCAACUCACCACCUUUCAAGUCGUUCACUGUCUUCAUUCUUGAAGUUUCAAGAUUACCAUUUCCAAAUAAUCAACAUUCUUUGGUUACUCAGAUGGUGAAUCUUGAUACAAAUAUCGAAGAUCCAGAAACCUAUAAUUUCCAAGUUGAUUCCGAUGUUGUUGUUGCUGGUUUUACUUUGUUUUUCCCAAAAUAUUCAACAUUUUUAGCGAAACCAGAGUUUUAUAUUGAGGACAUAUUUAUCAGAGAAUGUUAUAGGAGGAAAGGGUUUGGGAAAAUGUUGUUAUCUACUGUGGCGGCUCAAGCUGUGAAAAUGGGGUAUGGACGUGUUGAAUGGUGUGUUUCGGAUUGGAAUAUCAAUGCUAUUAAGUUUUAUAAAGAAAUGGGUGCUCAAGUUUUUCAAGAACGGAGGAUUUGUAGGUUGACUGCUGAUGCUUUAAACGGUUAUGGAAGAGGAGAUAAUUAGAGAUUUUGGUUUCAGGUUAUGAGUUAGUCGUUCGAACUUAACAUGUAUUCUCAUGUUUCGUUUUU